ACAAACAAGAUUCCUAACCUAAAAGUCAAAGGAUUAAGUGAAACCACCGUUUGACCGACUUCUUUUUACUAUUUUUAUUAAUUAACGAUAAGUGUCGUAAUUUAUUUGAGUGAAAUGAAGCUGCAUUUGCUUGUCCUAUCUUUAACUGUGUAUAUCCGCGUCGGUCAUUGUAUUGACUGUUACCAAUGCAGAAGCACUGACCUAACACAUUCUCUUAUUUCAGGUCAUUGUAUUGACUGUUACCAAUGCAGAAGCACUGACCUAACGAAUCCUUAUCAGUGCAAUGAAUUUAUUGACGAGGAUGAUAUCAACAUCAAAGCAGAGCCAUGCUCCAGUGUAUACAAAGCUGCCUACUGUAUCAAGCACACAGGCCGUUUUGAAGGUGGCCUGGGGACAAAGCGGUUUUGUUCAGCCUUGGACCUUGGCAAUUAUUGCAAUUAUAUUCAGCAACCUGGAGAUAAGCUGGAAUAUCGCUCUUGUGUCUACACUUGUAGUUCGGAUGGAUGCAACUCGUCAGUUCUAAUCAAACCAGUUUUUACUUCUUUAUUAUUAAGCUUUAUGAUACUUUUUUUUAUCUCAAGAUAACUGUUUUCUAAUUUAAAAAAUCAUCUCUCAUAAAAAAAGAAUUUUCCUUUUUUCAAGGGAUUGAGUGGAUGUCACCAAACAUCCUUGUGAGGAUGUUUUCAUCUUGGUCUCUACGUGGUUUCCGAUGAGUCAUCCUCUGAAACUUUGACUGCAUAUUAUGUUCAUUGCCAAAUCUUCACCAGUUCGUUGCUCGACACAGGAGAUCCACUUUUCUCUAAUCUCUUUUUAAUAUUCUCGAAUCGUUUACAAAAACCACAUUUUGGAUUUGUUUAAAGCGAAAGCAAUUUAUCAAUGGACCCUGAGGACUGCUCAUACCUCUGUUCUCGGUUUUUCCUGAAGGGGAGAAAAAUGACCUGUGUUCCCUU